CCCACCCUGAAGACAAGCAAGAGCCUUAAAAUACAUUACUGGAGGCCUAUGCCGAGGCGCUUCCACACAGAGCAGGACGGAGGACCGGGCUCUAUCUGCCAGCGGAAUACAUGAUUGUGUGAUUAUAUGAAAAGUUAACUUGGCUCCCGUGCGGGGCGCGUGGGGGGACAUCGUAGAGCACGGGCUCCUCAGCGAUGGGCUCGUUAUAGAGCGCCUGCCAGAUGCGUGUCGAACGGUGCCGAGCGGUGUGAACAUGUUACUGUUAAACAUGUUGUUGUGAGUGUGACAUGUCCCGCUUCAGCGCUACGAUACAGUGAAGGAAGGAGGAACACUAGCCACUAUUAAAACAGCGGGCAGGCCAGUGAUGGAAGAGAAAGAGACGGGGGAAAGCGAGCCUGUGGACCUCCGGUGUGCCGAGCAGGCUGAGCUGCUCUCAUUAAUAAUAAGCGGAGAGGAGGAAGCGACGCAAGAGGAGAGUGACUUGGGAGAAGAGGAUGGUCUUGCCAAUGGCCAUGGUGAGGAGGAAUCAGAGGCUGGCAUGGUCACACCUGUCAGGUCUCCAGGCACCAGCUACUGGAAUAUCACAGAGGGACCAGACCAGCCACUGCUCCUCUCCCCAGCCCCUGGGCCCUCUGGAUCUAAACCCAGGGUCCAGAGGGCCUCACGUCCCGGCCUGAGCCGGAUCCCAGGCCGCGACCACCGCCGCUACUACCACGAGUACUGGCGCAGUGAGUACCUGAUGGACUUUGACCCCCAGCGGCACGGGAUGAUCUGCAUGGUGUGCGGCAGCUCACUGGCUACUCUAAAGCUCAGCACCAUCAAGAGGCACAUCCGACAAAAGCACCCUGACUCCCUCCUGUGGAGCGCUGCCGACAAAGAGGUCAUCCGCUCAGGGUGGGAGAGCCACCUGAGCCUGGGGGGAGGUCAGAGGUCAUUCAGCUCUGCUGCUGGACCUUCAGCUCAGGAAGAAGAGGAGCAGCUGGACUCAGACCAACAUGCUGCUGAACCCCCAGAGCCUGUGACGCCGCAGGAGCAGCCACAACAACCCCCCAGUCUGUCUCCCCGCUCUGAGGAGGGUGAAGCCCCCCAGCCCCAGGUGGAGGAGGAGCAGGACCUCCCCGGGCCGUCAGCCCGCACCCUGGAACGCUACCUGAAUGACUCGCUGCACGCCUGGUUCCGCCAGGAGUUCCUGAUGGAGUACGAGGCGGAGGCCGGCCGGCUGCUGUGCAUGGUGUGUGGAGGAGAACUGCCCUCACUCCAUCUGGACCACAUCAAGAGCCACGUGCUGGACACCCACCCCAACUCCUUGGUCUACAGCUCCGAGGAGAAGCACUGCAUCCUGCAGGCCUGGGCUCAGACUCAUGAAGAGUCAGAAAACUCAAUCAAAUCAGAGCCCAACACCAAAGAUGGCGGGGUGGACCUCUAUGCUCAGGAAGUGGAGGCCAUCCAGAUCAACACUGACUUGUACCCAGAAGGCGAUGGCACUUUAACUCAGGACACUUGUCUUAUUGGUGAGGACGGAGGCGUCGGAGCUCCACAGCAGGGACCCCAGCCCCUCCGCCAGCCCAGGAAGAGGCGGCUGCGUGGGGGUGACCCAUGGCGGCUCCGCCUCGACUACCUGGUGGCCUACGGACCUCAGGGCCGGGGCACGUUCUGCAUGGUGUGUUCUCAGGUCCUGCACGAAACCAAGGUCAGCAGCUUCCGCCGCCACAUCCAGGAAUGUCAUCCCGAGACGACAACCCUGAGCCGACAAGAAAGGGAAGCCAUGGCUGCUGCCUGGACCAAAGAUUAUUCUAGUGAAGGCACGCAAAUACAAGAUGCAGAAAUCAACGCGAGAGAAGCUGAUGUCCUAAAUACCACAGGAGAGACGAAUGAGGACACCUCCCCUGAUGUCAGAACACACAGCAAAAUGGUGAAGAAAGAGGAGGGAGGCAUGAGUGGAGGGAAGGGUAAAGCGAGGGACGACGGUGCCGCAGCCACGCCCUCUCGUCAUGGCCAUUACCCCGGGAAGGACCAGAGGAGGAACUACCAGGUGCGCUGGCGGAUGGAUUACCUGAUGGAUUACGACUGUCGCAGACACGGGCUCAUCUGCAUGGUGUGUGGAGCCACUCUGGCCACGCUGAAGGUCAGCACCAUCAAGAGGCACAUCACGCAGGUACACCCCCACUCUCUGUACUACAGCUCGGAGCAGAAGCAGCAGACCCUGCUGAGCUACAACCAGACGGCCCUGCACUUCAUCCACUCUGACGACUGCUUCUCCUCCCAGGACCACGGACACACCGAGCUGGCUCCUGCUCCAGCACACAUUGGCACUUAGAAAGAGCUUCCGUCCGUAGUUCCUCCCGUGGCCCCUGUUCAGAACAUUUCACCCUCUUUCUUAAAGGGGAGUUCAGCAUUUGUCAAACAGGGUCUUAUUCUCUAAUGCCUGCCCACUGUCUCCUCUGACUUUGUUCCAAAUUUACCAAAUCUCUACAGUGCAGGUGCAGAGUAAAUUGUUUACAUGACCACUUGUCAUAAUGGACAAAAGUCUGAGAAUAAAGGGCGUCCCACACCAAGAACAAUAACGGAAAUGAUGUGAGCAUCCACACUGAUGAACAGUUGUGCAGGAAAACCUUGUGCAGAGAAGUAUUUGCUUGAGGUGAUGCUAGAUAGCUUACCAGCUAGUGUUAGCUUUAAUAAUCAUCUCCUCAUCAUCUCCGUUUAUAACUAUAACAAAACAGGUUGGGCCUGAUUGCAUCCCAGAUGUCCUUCUUCUUUAUUGUGCCCUCAUAACUAGGUUCAUUUUAUUAAUUAGUCUCUGAGCAGUGUCAUCAGUCAUGUUGAACUGCUGCUGUUAAUUGGAUGGAUUCUGAUUGGCUGUCAGUGUUUCAAUCAUUCAUCAAAUUGCUCUGAAAGUGAUUCCACAAUAUCUAAAUAUACUAAAUAACAAAAUAUAUGGCACUUGAACUCCUUACUUCCGUUGACCGAGAAAGGGCUAGAACCCAGGAUUGCCAAUUGCGGCUAUACUUCUGGUUACUGUUACAGUCAUCGUUCUUGGUGUGGACAGCCCUUAAGACCCAGGUUGACAAAUCUCGAAAUUCCCCUUUAAAUCUGAAUCUAAAUGCUGUGUCUUGCAGCAACUUCCACAAAGGAAAUGUCAAAACCUGAAAAUGUCACCACCUACAAAUGUCAUGGCCUAAAGAAAUGCAAGUCCAGCCAGACUAAUUUGAAAUUACAGCCUCAUCUGCACAGCAUCAGUGUUACUUGAGGACCUCGUGAGAUUUAGAAAAUGAAUCAUAAUAAUAAUAAUAAAACAAUAUUUAAAUUAGUGACAAUAAAACAUUCCUCACUCUCCUGCUAGUAGAUAAUUAACCCUUAAGUGCUGUUCAGAGGAAGAAAACAGCCUUGCUUAUUGACAGAGGGCUACAUCUAUCAGACAGCCUGUGUGUUUGGUGAAAUGAGGUCAAUCAUUUGCACUUUAAAUUACAUUAGACAGAUUACAGACAGCAGAUUGGCAUUUGAUUAUGAAAACAGUUGACAUCUGCAAUUAUUACAAAUCACAUGAGGUCCCUAGGUAAAGGCCACAUCAGACCAGCAUUUGUGAUGGUAAGAUUUCGGAGCUAUUGGUUGACUAGCACUAGCAUGUUCACAGUUAACUCACCAGGUACAGUAGCUCUGCUGUGGUCACCAAUCAAUCGUUCCAUAAGUAAAUGUGCAGGGUGCUUUUUGUGUAGAGUUAAACUGUGGUGAACUUUAACAUUUAAAUUUGCACCAUGGACCAAUAGCAAAGAGAAUUUUGUUUUCACACUUUCUGGUCUGACCAGCCACUAAUACAUAAACAGGGCUGUAGUAGGGAUGCACCGGUUCUGAAAUUCUGAUGUUAAAUAACAAUUUGGCUGAAAGCCAAUACUGAUUUUUUGUUGUUGUUGUUGUUGUUGUUUAUUUUAUUUUUGUUGUUAUUUAUUCCACCUUUGGUGACCAUGAAACAAAGAAAUCUUAGUUAUAAAAUAAUAACUGAACAAUUUUAAAGAAAUUCAGUCCUUCAUUAUACUACCUUUGGAUGAGCACAAAUUCAUUCAAACACAUUUAUGAAACCACCUUUAAUAUAACCUCAUUUCACAUGAAAAACAUCUUUAAAAAAUGCUUCAAAAGUCUUUUUACUAUAUGUAAUACAUCAUAAUUCUCUCUCUAAUAUCUAUUUUAUAUUGCUGUGAAAACCAACAAAUUUCCCCCUCAGUUGAAUUUAUUCAAGUUUCUCAAAAAAAGACACAUUUUCCAAGAUUACAUCUGAGCUCAUCAUGAGAACAUUAUAAUUUACCUUCUUUUCUUGUUUUUACUGAAUAGAGCUUGAACGCAUCAUUAUGUAACUCAGUGCCAUUGCAUUUAGCUGUUAGUUCUGGCCACCAGCUGCUAACAGCUAACAGCUAACAUUAGCUAGCUCUCCUUCUGCUGAUGUCAACAUGGAUCAACUGUACACAAUGUAGUAAUGUCAGGGAAACAAUAGGGUGCAUCCCCUGAUGCUUUGAUAGUAAGUUUACUGCGUCCUUUCAUCCCAGUGACAUCCCGGGGAAGAUCUCUGUUUGUCCCAACUAUAUUUUCUGUUGUCUCUGGGACAACGGGACGCCAUGAGUCUGGAGCCCUGCUUUUUAGCCUGAGCAAAAUUGAUGUGACACAGCAGAAAAACAUCAGGCACUGCCAUCGGUGAAUGUCCUCUUAUUUACAGAGAGACCGAUGACAACAAGGCAAAUAACAGAUGAUACAGAUUUUCGGCUAAUAAAUCGGUGCAUCCCUACGCUUUUUUUAAAAACUCCUGCUUGAGUGUCUGGCAUAUUUAUAGUCAUGGCAUGUGCUAACUAUUAUCUUUCAGGUCCAGAAGAGGGGGCCCAGGUGGGGGCUCAGGGCUUGUUUUCGGUUGGGGCCCGAGUCUUACGCUCUCAGGAAGUUAAAAAAAGAGGCUAUAUCCACACUAAUAUGUUUUCUGCUAAUUGUGCUAUGUUUAUGCCUAGCGUCCACACAACUCCAACAUAUUCAACCAUUUAAACAGAGACUUUGAAAAACACAGCUGACCCUGUUGUAGUUUGGAAACUGGGGUUGUGUUUCACUCUGCAUGGGUGGAAAUGGAGACCUCUGAAAACAAUGACACAGACACCCUCGUUUGCUUCCUGAUUUAGUCUAAUCAGUCACGACAUGUACUUCCCUGAUUCAUCACACCCAUAUUACAUGACCCUUUUUCGAUAUGAAUAGAAAAUUACAGGCAUUUCUUCCCUUCAGGUAAAGUUCCUCCUCUUUUUCGGUCCAUGCAAAGAAAUCUCCGGUCUUACUUUUUGCAAUUUCCGUAGUGUUUUCUGAAACAAAACCACCAACCAGAGUAGACAAUCUGCUUCCUGUUUACAUCAGCGCAUGCAUGCCCAGUGUACGUGAAUGGUCAUGUGAUUUAUGUUUUCAGGCGUGUGAGUAUGGAUUGACAUUUUUUUCUAAAACACUCGUGUGGACGGAGAUCGUUUUCAAAUGAAAACGUGUUAGUGUGGAUGCACCCAGUUCUCGGUGAGGCCGAGGUGAAUUAGAUUUACGAUAACGUGUCUGAAGACAACACAGCACUUUGUCCCCAAAAAUGUACUUAACCCCAGCUUUCUUCUGUACAGCCAAUUGAAUGAGACUGUGUUUGAUGUUAUUGCUGAAGACAAUGAAUGCCAGCGUGCAGUCAGUGAGUUCAAAUUUCUCUAGUCUAUUUAAUUCCUUGUUUACAGUGGAGGAGAAGGAUGUCCUCCUGUCUCUCAUCCAUUAUAAUGAGAUAUGUUAUCUCUCUGUCAGUCUUCAUUAGUGCUCCACCGGCCUGCAUCCUUCUCAUCAGUUACAACUCAUCUUAGCUAAAACUGCACAAAAAAGAGUAUGUAAAUAUAUGAAAAAAAUAGAAUUAUUUUUCCUUUAUACAAGCACUUUUAUGCACCCUGGUUUCUACAAAGCGUGUUUGUAAUUAUGUCCAGUUUUUCUACUUCAUUCAAGAUUUCAAGAAGGACAUUGAUCGUUGGACUUCUGCUUUGAAGAGUUUGUUCCGGCUUUGCUUCAUUUUUUUCAUUCACUGUACAAAGUGUAUGCAACAGGAGAAUAACUUAGAGCUGUCGGAGGAAGAAAAGUCUGCCAUAAAAGGUCACGUCUUCACCUGAAAAAUGUAACUCAGGGAUUCUGUUUUCAUCAACAACCAUUUCAAUCAGUAAUCUCUUAGGAGGCUGUUCACAAGAUACUGGAUACAUGUGUCAGCUUAGGUUGUAUAGGUGAUGUUAUAAAUGCAACAGUAACAGAGUGUGAGGGCUACUGUUUAAACAACAAGAAACAAACUGAGAUGUCAUUAUAUUUGAAGAAAAAAAUUCAUGAUUGAAUAAAGUCAGAAUUUUUGGGGAAAAAAUAAAGAUGAGAAAAAAGUUGAAUUUUGAGAGUUUCAUACAAGAGAAAAUACGUUAAGUUUGAAGAAUAAAUUCAUUAAGUUGGAUUUUUGAGGAAAAAAGUAAUAUUGUGAUAAAAUAAAAUGUCAGAAUGUAAGAGUAAAGAUGACAUUUUAAAGGUUCAGGGUGUAGGAUUUAGGGUCAUAUAUUGGCAGAAAUUAAAUAUAAUAUUAAUAACUAUGUCUUAAGUAUAUAAUUACCUGAAAUUAAGAUUUGUUUCUAAAGUAGCCCAGAACAGACAAGCCAAACGCUGGCUCUAGAUAGGGCCAUCUGCAUUUUCAUGUCAGCUACCAUAGUUCCCCUACGUGCUUUGCUCUCGGGAGAAGUUUCAGUUGGUUGCAAUCUGCAGCCUCACCACUAGAUGUCACUUAAGCCCUACACACUAGACCUUUAAGACUUAUGUCAUAAUGCUACACAAAAUAGUCAUAAUAUAUUGAUGGAAAAGUUGCAAUGUUUGGAGAAUAAAGUCAUAAUAGUACAAUGAAAGGGCUGUAAUAUCAUAAAAAGACGUCCUAGUCUUUCAAGACAAAAGUUGUAAACUUUGAGAAUAAAGUAAGACUUUAAUAUAGAGUUGAAAUUUUAAGAAGUAUGUGUUGGAAGGUCAAGAAAACAAAAACAUGCACUAUUGUGAUCUACAAGAGCUACAGAAUCUCAGUUUUCCCUUACAGUACCCUGAUGACUCUGUUGUACAUUGACAGAAUUUACUCAGUUGAAGCUUCUGAUAGAAAAUGUGACAGUAAAGGACUCUACACUGCUCCCCUGCUCCUCUCUGACAGCAGAGACACAGUGUCAUAUUUCCAUUUCAUCGGUCCCCUUUGGCUAAGAAUAGGCCCCCACAUCACCCUAGAAGAGUUCUGAUAUAGCACUUAAUUAUUUAAAAUGAAGUAAGUUACAGUGAAAUGAAUGAUACAACAUGUGAUGCAUUUGCUUGUGUGUGUGUGUUUAUACCAUGUAUGUGUAUGAUGUUGUGGAGAGAGAUCCUCUUUGGCUCCUCAUUUUUCUUCACUCUCACCUUGUCCGCUCACCUUUCAUUUGUACAUGGCCAACAUGUGAGAUAUGCAUUCUCCUCUCCAUGAUCUUUGAAUAAAUACUCAACACCCCGAGGCUGUCUGCUGUCAACAUUUACUUUUUGCUUUUUAUUCCAGUGAAUAAAGAGAAAUCUUAAUGCUUAACUUAAGAUAAUGCUAAAUUAAAGUAAGACACUAAUGUGAUUUCCUGUUUAAGAAUGACGUGUUCUGGUGUGUAACCUAUACUUCUGGCCAUAUGAUGAACCCCAAACAUGAUGCCAUUUUCAGCAGCCCAGUUGCCAAAGGAAACAUUGCCAUUGUGUGUUUCUGCAAACCAUGAAUACGUCACAUUUCUACGUUUCAUACGCAUCAUAUCAACAUUUCUAAAGUGACAUAGUAUAUCAGCUGACUUUGUCAUUUGGAGGUGGAGGGGAUGGUGUUCACACCUGUGAGAUGCCAGCUAAGUUGCAGACCACUGUUUAAGACCAACAAAUAAGAAGAACCAGUUGUGAUGAUGAGUCAUCACUGUGUUUCCAGCAGCUUUUCAGCCACCAAACAGUGGGUGUUUUUCUAGACAGGACUAUGCCCACGGAAUCGGGUUAUUUAAAGCCAAAUCAUGAUCUUUUCCUAACAAUAAAAAUAAAAAAGCCAAAUUUUCUACAUUUACCACUUUGUCAUUGAAACGUAAAGUUUUAAAGUAUCUGCUACAUAAUGUACAAAUUCAACGUUACCAUGGUUUGCAGAAACAUACAAUGCCAACUUUUUAUCCCGUGAUUGGGUUGUUUCCAGAUACAGAUGACUCCUGUCAUCAUGAGCAUCAGCAGCAAAAUUAGGAUGCUUUGAUUUAAACACAAUUACUUAAAUUUUGUAUAAGCAACUUUUGGGUUGCCAUGCUGUUGUUCAAUGACACUCAUCAAGAGUUCAAUCGUCUGAUCAGAACACAAUUGCCAGUCACAUUAGUUCUGAUCAUGGUUUCAACUCUUGACUUGUCUAUGUCAAAAUUAGCAUUCACUGUUAUUCAAGAUUCUAAGACAUACUAGGUUAGCUUGAUUAGAAUUAAUAGGAUCAUUUGGUGUCUGGUUAAAAUAAGCCUGAAUUACUUUAUCCAUGUUCAAUUUAGCCAGCUAAAACCACCCUGGUAAUUCUUAUUUAGAUAACCUGGAUCUUUAGUCAAUAACCGACACUACUGCAAGGACUGGUUGUUUUGACAACUGCUUUUAAGUCUGGAUUGAAGAGCUGAAAACCCCAAGUUUGUGUCAAAUCACCAAAAAAUAAAUCAAACUGUUAUCCAAUACACCACUCUGCUACCCUGAAUGCGUUGUAUGUUCAUGGUAGCUACUAAUUGUGUAACACUCCAUUCAGUAUUUACUACUCUGUGGCUUUGAUUCUGUUACAUAAUACCACAUAGGUUUCAAAUGGAUGUCAAGUCUGUAUGUGACUGUUCACAUUAAUGGUUUUAGUAUGCUGGCCCUUGUCUAAAAUUAGAAACUAUAAUCCCCUCUCCACCCAAACACCAUAACAGACAGCAGCCUCAAGUCAAAUCUUCUUAUUUUAAAUAUUUCAUCAGGGCGCAUUUUUUUAAUCUUCUGUCCUCCCACGCUGCUGGCAUGCUGGGAAAAUAUUUGUUGUUUUUCUCAAGGCCCCUCUAGUGCUCUUUACCCAGAGAGAAGAGAACGGAUCGACCAAGCCACAGUCCUUUGACGUGUUUUUAUUAAUUUCACUUUGACAUCAGUACAGAGACCACAUACUUUUUUUUUUUACAUUUUCUUUUUUUUUUCCUGCGACAUCUUUCCCAAAGCUUCAAAAAUCGGAACCAAAGUCAUAGCUAAUACAAAACAGAGCUGAUGUUAGUGAACAACGUCUAGAAACCAGUAAAGAGUCGAAUGCAAAACAAGACUCUCCGAGACAAAAAAAAGUCAAACACACUCCUGCCACACACUCCCAUACCCAAGGAGAACACAGGGACAAACAGGAAAAGGAGGAAAGCAACAUGCUGCGAGGGAACAGGUUUAAUUCAUGUUAUAUAUUACACUCUAAAGAAAUACCCAACUAUUAUAUGGAAAAUCUGUUCAGCCUUAGUAGCACACUAACAGGUAACAGGGCCUUUCCUGAAGUUAAGUCAAAGGUGUGUAUGGGAAGCUAAUGAGCUUUCAUAGCGCCACACUGUGGGGUAAGGUCAGACGAACAGAAUGGUUCAGCAUGAAGGUAGUUGGUUGAAUAUUUAAGGGUCAGUUCAACCAAAAUAAAGAAAUCUCGCAAAUUUGGAUUUUGAAUUAAGUGAAUUCAGAGAACCAUGGUUACAUUUGUAACUUACUUUUCUCAGUUGUCACAUGAAACUGAGCUCUCCACCUCCACCUAAUGCAAUGGACAUUGAUGGAAUAAAGUUUGUGCUGCUCACUCUUGCAAGAAGAGUUCCAAAUGUGUCUGUGUAUGGAGAUUGAUUUGUGUCAAUAUUAUUUGCGUGAACUGAUCGACAACCUGUGUUCAUGUGUAAUCUGUAAAUUUCAAACACCUUCCACAACAAAUCUCUGAAAUGAAUCCGAACACAGUAACAGGCAGAGACCAGUAUAUAUGUAUGUGACUUUUGUAAUUUGUUUGGACUGACCCUUAAACUAAACUGAAUGAAUGUAAACCAAACAUCUAACACAAAUGCGCUCCAGUGUGUAAAGUUAAGCUUUUAGAUGAAAAUGACAACUCAAAGCUACAAUAUGCAACUCCUCCACAUUCUAGUAAAUAAAUAUGAUGCAUAAUAACAUCAUCAGCCUGUGUCCAGCCUGACCCCUCCCCGAAAACUGUUUGCUGCUUACCUCAACAUUAGGAUAGCAGACAGCUCAACAACACGAGCACCAAGCACCUGGGCCGUAACCUGCCCAACUAAAGGGGUGGGGGUGGGGCUAACAGCUAGCAUCUCCAACAGAAAUGUUGCAUAUUUUGAGCUUUGACACCCAGAGUCUGAAUGAGACAGCAUGCACAAGGGGGUCGACCAGUACGUCCGUGAGGCGACACACAGUGGCGGGCAUGCAUGAGGAGGAAUGUUCCACCAGAGAAAACAUUCAGUACACAGGCAGACGUAGUUGGAGUAGUUACUGCAUUGAGGGGCUGUUGGCUAUUCAGUAUUCAGGGGGACAUUUACUCCGUGCAAACUUAAUUCGGGGCACAAUGAAAUGGACAGCAACACUAACAUACUCAUAUCCUUCUAUAUAUUCAUCCCUUAAAACAAUAUGGAGACGGAGCAGUACUGCUAACAUAUGACUAUGGUUUUUACUGAGUUCGAAAAACACCAUUGAAACAGUCACAAGUAAUAAUCAUAUUAAACAAAAGUCAGGGUCAAGAAUAUGAUACAGCCUACAUAAAGGGUGAGAAUCUGUUUCCAGCUUACACUAUGACAUGCGCUUCAUGGCAGUCAAACAAAAGGAACAAAGUGACAAACAGAGCUCUAUAAUAACCACUUCAAACCAAAAACCGCUUCCAUAUCCCCCGCGACACUCUUUAUUCAACAUGACAUCCCCUCAAUUUGUUACACAAUCCCCUUAAUCUCUAAACGUCCUCCCAGACCACUGUUGAGGUUUUGUCCGUAGUCCAAAAUGUGCCAAAACAAUAGUUAGAGAGUACCAGUGUUAAAUCAUAAAACACUAUUGAACUGAUACAUUUUUAAAAGAUAUUACAAAUUCGAUUUAAUUUCCAUCCUUACAGUAGAAUAGCAAAUUUUAUAUUUUACUUUAGUAUCAAUAAGUUUUGGCAUUUUAAUCUUAUUGGACGUGAAAGUCAAUUUCUAGAGGAAAAAAAAAAAAAAAGCACUGACAAAAAAGACAAGUGAACUUUAUUUCACUUACAACUUUACUUAAACACCAACAGCUACCUGGGAGGCCAUUUUGAGAUUUAAGGGUUUUAUAACACAUGGGGGAAAAUCUCUUAACUUAUCAAACAAUCAGGAAUUAUUUCUUAGGAGGCCUCUGAAGGACCUCCAUUUUAUGAAGCUCAAUGACACUUAACAUAACUCUUACAAUGCUGUUGUCAAGCUACUAGGGAUUCAAAGCAGCCAUCCUAUAAUUAAUAUCAAUAAUAGUAAUAAGCAGUGAGAAGAAUAAUAAAAAUUUACAAGUGAAUGUGAGACCUCAACACUGUGGCUUGAACAGGUGCGACAAAAGGAGUUAGGACUGCUGUAAGUGAGGGAACUUUCCUUUGAUAUAAAAAGCGAGGCUAAGUUGUUCCAUACAGCAGAGAGAGCCUGUAGUUGUCUUAAGGUGUAUAUACAUACAGAAAACUGUUCAAAAAAUGCAUCUGAUCAAGAGGGUGAACUAGACCAAAUUAUCACAGCUGGCUCAGUGUUCCAAUCCUUUUAUUUCAACCUGCUCAGGGAUUUAAAAAAUAAAAGUUCAGUGCAUUGCAGAAACUUACAUACAGAAGUGCCUGUAAGGUGAAUGGAAACUAAGUCAAUAACAGGCCGAUCGGUAACAGCAAACCCAUUACGCGCCUCUAAAAUGAAUUCAUAGCUAUCCACAUAACAGCUGCAGAGCAAUAGAGCAGGAUAAGACUAGCCACAAUUACACCCAAACAUCGGUUUUAUUCCAUUUUUUUUUUCUUUUUUACAUUUUCUUAACUUCCUUAACUUCUCCAGCUCAAAUCAUCCAUUUACCUUCAGGGAAAUGUGUGGUUUAAAGUACAGACAUUUGCUUUUUUGUGACAUAGACAGCCAUCAUCCACCCCCCUGCUUGCUGUACACGACGAAACCAGGUCAUAGAUUCAGUCUAGUUCACUCGACCCUGCCUCCAUUCCCCUGUGGCACGCCCACAGACAGUCAGGGUCCGCCACGGCGCUACAUCACUUACUCGCUAGCGACACGCUUCCUGUCUGCACAGGCACAGUUCUUUUUAAUGCUUGCAAGUUAAGC